GGAGCGGUGUGUACGGCACUGUAGUGAGUGUGUGGUACAGGAGCGGUGUGUGUGUGGUAUUCACAGUGUGCUUCUGCUGCCGCUGCUGUGACCGGCGCUCUCUCCCCCCGGCACCUCCUCCUCCUUCGAGUCCUUCCUCCUCCCAUAUACCUGAGCAGGGAGCGGCGUGAGGUGACGCGGGGAGUGGAGCGGCCACUGCCGGGGACUGGAGCUACUCUGUUGCCGGGACCAGGAGCUAAAGGUCGCCGGCGGCAGCGCUGGAGGGAGAUCAGCCCAUGGAGAGUGCACAGAGCGAGUAACCCGCCGCCCUUAUCAGCAUGUCGGUGUACGAGCUGUACUCCCGGUAUACCCGGGUCUGGAUCCCUGACCAAGAUGAAGUUUGGAAAUCAGCAGAAAUUGUCAAGGAUUACAAAGAAGGGGAUAAAAGUCUGCAUCUGAAACUCGAAGAUGAAUCUGUUUUGGAGUUUCCUGUGGAUCCAGCCAAACACCCGUUGCCUCACUUACGUAACCCCGACAUUCUGGUGGGAGAAAAUGACCUGACGGCCCUCAGUUACCUCCACGAGCCGGCGGUGCUCCACAACCUCAAGGUCCGCUUCUUAGAGUCAAACCACAUCUACACCUAUUGUGGUAUCGUGCUAGUUGCCAUUAACCCAUAUGAACAGUUGCCAAUUUAUGGUGAAGAUGUCAUUUACGCGUACAGCGGGCAAAACAUGGGCGACAUGGACCCUCAUAUAUUUGCCGUGGCUGAGGAAGCAUAUAAGCAGAUGGCCAGGGAUGAGAAGAACCAGUCUAUCAUUGUAAGUGGAGAGUCCGGGGCAGGGAAAACGGUGUCUGCCAAAUAUGCCAUGAGAUUCUUUGCCACCGUCGGGGGUUCUGCCAGUGAAACGAACGUGGAAGAGAAGGUCCUGGCAUCCAGUCCAAUUAUGGAGGCCAUCGGAAAUGCCAAAACCACCCGCAACGACAACAGCAGCCGGUUUGGGAAAUACAUUCAGAUUGGAUUUGAUAAAAGAUACCACAUCAUCGGUGCCAAUAUGAGAACCUACCUUCUGGAGAAGUCACGUGUUGUGUUUCAGGCAGAGGACGAGAGGAACUAUCACAUCUUCUACCAGCUGUGCGCCUCCGCCGGCCUACCCGAGUUUGCCGACUUUUCGCUAUUACCAGCUGAGGAUUUCUUAUACACUUCACUGGGAGGCGACACCCAGAUUGACGGAGUGGAUGACGCAGAUGACUUUGAGAAAACGAGGCAAGCGUUCACGCUUCUGGGAGUGAAGGAGUCACAUCAGAUAAGUAUAUUUAGGAUCAUUGCUUCCAUUCUACAUCUGGGGAACGUACAGAUCCAGUCGGAACGGGACGGAGAUUCCAGCAGCUUGUCUAAAAAAGAUGAACAUCUCAACCACUUCUGCACAUUACUCGGGGUGGAGCAUGACCAGAUGCAACACUGGUUGUGCCAUCGCAAACUUGUGACCACAUCCGAGACGUACGUGAAGAACAUGUCUGUCCAGCAAGCUGUAAACGCCAGGAAUGCCCUGGCCAAGCACAUCUACGCUCAACUGUUCAACUGGAUAGUGGUGCACAUCAACAAAGCCCUGCACACAACCAGCAAGCAGCACUCAUUCAUUGGCGUCCUGGACAUCUACGGGUUUGAAACGUUUGAAAUAAACAGCUUUGAGCAGUUCUGCAUCAACUACGCCAACGAGAAAUUACAGCAGCAGUUUAACUCGCAUGUGUUUAAGCUGGAGCAAGAAGAGUAUAUGAAAGAACAAAUUCCCUGGACCCUGAUUGAUUUUUAUGACAACCAGCCCUGCAUUGAUCUGAUUGAGGCCAAGCUUGGUAUUCUGGACCUUCUGGAUGAGGAGUGCAAGGUACCCAAAGGUACUGACCAGAACUGGGCGCAGAAGCUGUAUGACCGACACGGCAGCAGUCAGCACUUUAAGAAACCUCGGAUGUCUAAUGUGUCUUUCAUUGUUGUGCACUUUGCUGAUAAGGUCGAGUAUCAGUGUGAUGGGUUCUUGGAGAAAAAUCGGGAUACAGUUUACGAAGAGCAGAUUAAUAUACUGAAAGCCAGCAAGUACCAACUGGUCGCCGACCUCUUCCAUGAUGAAAAGGAUGCUGUUCCCCCAACUCCAACUGGAAAGGCAAAGAUCAGCAUCCGGCCGGCUAAACCAGCACUUAAGAAUGCCAACAAAGAGCAUAAGAAAACUGUGGGACAUCAGUUCCGGAACUCUCUGCAGUUGCUGAUGGAAACUUUAAAUGCCACUACCCCUCAUUACGUGCGCUGCAUUAAACCGAACGAUGAGAAACUGGGAUUCAGCUUCGAUCCAAAGAGAGCCGUGCAGCAGCUGAGGGCUUGUGGCGUCCUAGAGACCAUCAGAAUCAGCGCAGCCGGCUACCCAUCCAGGUGGACCUACCAUGAUUUCUUCAACAGAUAUCGUGUUCUCAUGGCAAAGAAGGAUAUUUCCCAAAGUGACAAAAAACGCACUUGCAAGAACCUGCUAGAGAAUCUUGUGAAGGAUCCUGACAAGUUCCAGUUUGGACGAACCAAGAUCUUUUUCCGUGCCGGUCAAGUGGCAUACCUGGAGAAACUGCGUGCAGAUAAGUUCCGUGCAGCCACAAUUAUGAUCCAGAAGAACGUACGGGGCUGGUUACAGAGACUGAAAUACAGGAGGAUGAAGAGAGCUGCUAUUACCAUCCAGAGAUACACACGGGGACAUCUAGCUCGCAGGCUGGCCGAUCGCUGCCGCAAAACGAAAGCAGCCCUUAGCUUCCAGAAACAGUUCAGGAUGAUCCGCAUGUAUCGGGCUUACCAGCGAUUCAGGAGGGCUGCCAUCACUAUCCAGUCCUUCACCCGGGGCAUGUUUGACAGAAGGGCUUAUCACCAGCUCCUUCGCCAGCACAAGGCUACAAUCAUUCAGAAGCACAUGCGAGGCUUGGCUGCCCGCAAGCAGUUCAGCAAGUUCCGCAGCGCAGCCAUUGUCAUCCAGUGCUCCUACCGGCGGCUGAUGGCCCGACGGCAGCUCAAGCAGCUGAAGAUCGAGGCCAGGACGGCAGAACACUUCAAGAAGCUGAGCGUGGGCAUGGAGAACAAAGUGGUUCAGCUGCAAAGGAAGAUCGACGAGCAGAACAAAGAUUACAAAGAUCUGAAGGAGCAACUUGCUUCCAUGACUUUGUCCAGCACGGCAGAAGUAGACAAGCUGCAGAAGGAGCUGGAGCGACAGAAACAGAACCAGCAGGACGACAACCAGCUCAUCACCUUGCAGGAGGAGAUCGAGGCUCUGAGAGCUGAACUGGCCAGCAGCAGAGACGAGCGGAAGAUCGUGGAGGACACGUAUACGAGCGAGAAGCAGCAGCUCCAGCAGCGAAUCGAUGAGCUCGAAAAAGAAAACUCUCAGUUAAAGGAAGAAAAAGAAGAGAUGACUCACCGGAUUCUGCUCCGCACUGAAGACGAGCUCACCAAGAGCACACUCAAAGAAAAUCAGCAGAUCCAGAAGGAUCUGGAGGAAGAGAGGUCUCGCUACCAGAACCUGGUAAAGGAGUACACCCGCCUGGAGCAACGGUAUGACAACCUGCGGGAGGAGGUCACUAUUAUCAAGCAAACACCAGGGCACCGCAGAAACCCAUCUAACCAAAGCAGCCUGGAAUCUGACUCCAACUACCCCUCAAUAUCCACCUCUGAAAUCGGGGACACAGAAGACACCAUUAUGGAGGUGGAGGAAGCUGGGCUGGAGAAAGCUGCUAUGGAUAUGACUCUGUUCCUGAAACUCCAGAAGAGGGUGCGGGAGCUGGAGCUGGAGAGGAAGAAGCUGCAGAGCCAGCUAGACAAGAAGGAGCAAGAAGAAAAUAAAAAGCCUCAGAUCCAGGUCAUUGAAACCACCAACGACACAGACCGUGACACCGACAUCGCGUACAACAACCUGAAGAGACAGGAGCUGGAAUCGGAAAAUAAGAAGCUUAAAAAUGACCUGAACGAGCUGAGAAAAGCCAUUGCGGACGGAGCAUCCGAGCAGGACACUAACGAGGAGCCCGUCGGCUACACCCUGCUGCUCAAUCAGCUAAAAUCUGCUAACGAGGAGCUGGAAGUGCGGAAGGAAGAAGUUCUCAUCCUUAGGACGCAGAUCGUGAACGCGGCGCAGCAGAAAGACGGAGAAAAGGAUGUGGAUUCAGAAGCGAACUGGUCCAACAGCAACAAAGAGAUGGACCAAGAUGAUGCUAUUGAGGCGUAUCAUGGCGUCUGCGAGACUAACAGAAAGACUGAGGACUGGGGGUAUCUGAAUGAAGAUGGUGAGCUGGGCCUGGCUUACCAAGGCUUAAAGCAAGUGGCCAGGCUCCUGGAGGCCCAGCUGCAGGCACAGAGCAGGCAGCACGACGAUGAGGUGGAGGCACUGACCAAUCAGAUUGAAUCCCUAAAGGAGGAGCUGGAGAAUCAGCAGCAGGUUAUGUUCCAGGCCUUGCAGCUCUCCCCGGAGGCGCAGGUGGAGUUUGGGCUUCAGUACGAGAUCACACGGCUCACCAAUGAGAAUCUGGACCUUAAAGAGUUACUGGAGAAGUCAGAGAAGAACGAGAAGAAAUUGAAGAAACAACUGAAGCUCUAUCUGAAGAAAGCUCAGGAGUCUGACGGCACUCCGGGUGUCAUCCAGCCAGAGAGGAAGCGUCCUGAGCUCACCCGGCAGGUGACGGUGCAGAGGAUCGAGAAGGACUUCCAGGGGAUGCUGGAGUAUUACAAGGAGGAUGAGCCUCUCCUCAUCAGACACCUCAUUUUAGAUCUGAAUCCUCAGCUGAUCUCCACGUCGGUUCCGUGUCUGCCCGCGUACAUCCUGUUCAUGUGCAUCAGACACGCAGACUACAUCAAUGAUGACCAGAAGGUGCACUCCCUCCUCACCUCCACAAUCAACGGCAUUAAAAAGGCGCUAAAGAAACAAAAUGAUGACUUCCACAUCACAUCAUUCUGGCUUUCUAACUCCAGCCGUCUCCUGCACUGUCUGAAGCAGUACAGCGGGGAUGAGGGGUUUCUGACCAGUAACUCCCCCAAACAGAAUGAGCAUUGCCUCCGUAACUUUGACCUCACAGAGUACCGCCAGGUCCUCAGCGACUUGUCCAUCCAGAUCUACCAGCAGCUUAUUAAGAUCAUGGAAGGACUUCUGCAGCCAAUGAUCGUUUCGGCGAUGCUGGAAAGUGAGAGCAUCCAAGGCCUGUCAGGAGUGAAGCCAACCGGUUAUCGCAAGAGGUCUUCCAGUAUGGUGGAUGGCGGUGACAACUGCUACAGCCUGGAAGCUGUCAUCCGUCAGCUGAACACCUUCAACACAACCAUGUGUGACCACGGCCUGGACCCAGAGAUUAUCCAGCAAGUCUUGAAGCAGCUCUUCUACAUGAUCAACGCUGUGGCACUGAACAACCUACUGCUGCGGAAGGACAUCUGUUCCUGGAGCACUGGCAUGCAGCUCAGGUAUAACAUCAGCCAGCUGGAGGAGUGGCUGAGGGGGAAGAACCUGCACAACAGCGGAGCCGCCCAGACAAUGGAGCCCCUGAUCCAGGCCGCUCAGCUCCUGCAGCUGAAAAAGAAAACCCAGGAGGAUUCGGAAGCCAUCUGCUCACUGUGCACGGCUCUUACCACACAGCAGAUUGUGAAAAUCCUGAACCUGUACACGCCAGUGAAUGAGUUUGAGGAGCGUGUGACAGUCUCCUUUAUCCGGAGUAUACAGGCUCAGUUACACGAGCGGAAAGACCCUCCCCACCUGCUGCUAGACUCUAAGUACAUGUUCCCCGUUUUAUUCCCCUUCAACCCGUCGCUGAUCACCCUGGACACUGUUCAUAUACCGGCCGCUUUACACCUUGAUUUCCUCAACAAAGUUUAAAGAGAUGCUUUAUUUUUUUUAUUAAAACAAUAAUCCAGCAACAAGAAGAUAUUAUAGAUCCUAUGAAAUUGGAGGAGACACAGUACUACAUCCUGAGAAAUCCCCUCCGCACUGAUCCUGCUUCUCAUUUAUCCCUUUCUCGGAAUUAGUGGUUUUGUUUUUUAAAGAAAUCGGCAUCUCGUGUGCUUGGGAAAGUUCUCAGUCGUUUACACUGUGAUGUCCGUGAUGCACACAACUAACUGGUGACAAAAACUAUUGUACAGACGUAACAUACGGAGUUAAAAAAUUAAUUUUACAAAAAUUAUAUAUAAUCAGAUAUAAAGAAAAAAUGAAACCAGCCGACUUUACCACCUGCGUUUGGAAGCGCGGACAGAUGUUUUCUAUCCUAGAAACGUGAAAGCACUAUUUAUCUCAUGCAGCACAGUAUUUGUAGUGGCAUAGAAAUAAGGCACAAUAUAGAUAAUAUAUUAAUAAAAGUAGAGAUGUAAAUGUUUAUACUCAGACAUCCAAGGCAACUUCAUCUCUGUGUUAUAUAGCAUACCCUAUCCACGGCUAUGGGGAAAUAUAUGACAGGUCACGCUUGUUAUCUGCAGUGGUGUACAGCACACAGACUGGUCACGCUGGUUAUCUGUGCAGUGGUGUACAGCACGCAGACUGGUCACGCUGGUUAUCUGUGCAGUGGUGUACAGCACGCAGACUGGUCACGCUGGUUAUUUGCAGUGGCGUACAGCAUACAGACUGGUCACGCUGGUUAUCUGUGCAGUGGUGUACAGCACGCAGACUGUAAUGUAUGGUCAAUAUCCUUGCCAAUGCACAGUAUUCGAAGUAUCAGCUAAUAAUUGCCUUUAUUCAGCACUGAGCCCUUUUCCUACAAAAUAUCUCAUUCUUUAUAUCACGUCGCACAUGGGAAUUAUUAUUGAAAAUCAUUAAAUAGAACACCCGACGGAAAACGGGUCACUUGAAACACAGUCUCUUGCACCCUCCUGCAGCAAUUAAUGCCUCGAAUAUUCAAUACAAGAAUCAGCAGAGGUUCAGUCCUUUAAUAGCGGUUUUCAUCGUCGGUCCACAGACCUCAGAAAUAGGCUCUAUUUAUUAUAUUUAAUUUUUUUAUACAUUUUGGUUGUAAAACAACAGCGCUCUGAUAAGAAAAAAAUAAAAUAUCUUCUGUAGCCUCUGGAUUGGUCAUAAGUAAUGGGAGACUGCUUGGUUGGAAUUUGCAAGCAGUAAGUUGAACUAGGAAAGACAUAAGCCGUAUAAUUCAGACUGUGUGAUACAAUAACUGCACAGCUAAAGACCAGCGCAUACUACUGUAAAACAGAUUGAGUCGAUUGUAUACAAGAAUUUAAGUCCGGCUUUGGGGCAUGGGAAAGUGGAACCAUUGCUUGCACAUCGUGGAGGGAACAAGAAAACCCAGCGCCAACCGGGGCUGAACUUGAAAAGUCAAGAUAAGACUUGGGAUGAACCAACUCUUUUCGGCGCACAAGUGACAGUGGAUGUACUGAAUUGCUUGGGAUACUUGCCUUUAAAAGCUUCGUACAGAAAAUAACUGAACCUCUUUACCAACACAUCUGAUAAUCACUACAAAGGUGUUACAUAGAGAGGCUACUGAAUUUUGGAACAGAAUAUACAGCGGAUAGAACAUUGACAUUGAAAUAAGAAUUGUUAGAAGUCCCUUAUGUGCUGGACUCUAUGCAGUAGUGGCCAGCAUUUUAUAAGCUGAAAUAAUGUUCAUGAGAAUGCUGCCUAGUGCUUCAUUGGGACCAGUGAGCCCACAUAUCGGAUUUACUGCAGAGCAGUCCCACAUGUCUGAUAUAGGUGACCGCUGCACAGAUCUCCUCAUUAUACUGUAUUCUAAUGUGAUUAAACAAAUGAAACGAAUUGUAUCUGGCGAGGCUGAAAGGGACGUCUGUAUGUACACUGCACUGUAAUAUACAUUCCAUACAUAGAUGUAUAUAUCGUUAUGCCUUUUUGUCUCUGACAUAAAGAUGCAAUGUUUUCCUCUAAGAGCAGAUCUGCACAGUAUGUAAAAGGAAAAAUAAAUUCCUAUGUUUUAUGCUUAAA